GAUAGGGCGAGUUUAUAUCAGUUUGAAUACUUGUUAUCAAAAGAUGGACUUGAAAAUUAUAUUUAGAAAGAAAACUUGUAAUCACAUCUAUAUGCUAGAGAGCUAGAGAGUGCUAAGAUUAUGAUAUAGAUUGUUAUUCUUCUAUGAAUUUCUAUUAAUCACGUUCAGUUAAAAAGAAUCCAAGGAUAUUCUGAGAGUACAAUGUGGAAAGGAUGGAGGCUCUUCCACGCCACGGACUUUCAAUCUUUAAUGUAUCCCUGUUUCACCUUUGGUCGCAUUCUCGGAUUAUUUCCGUACAAGAUCAAUGCUUCAACUAUCGAAGUUUCAAAACAGUGCUACAUCUUGUCGACAGUGAUUAUCUGCAUUUGCUGCAUUUUUGACUUGUUACUUAUUCACGAUUUUAUUACCAAAAUCAACUUAAAAAGUGUGAUUAGAACUCUUGAGGGUGUCAGUUACUAUACGUUCACCGGUUUCAUAGUGAUAGUCACACACAUCUUGAACGGUCCGCGAAUGCGCUUGUUACAGACUAUAUUGGACAUUUCUUCGAAACUACCUCCGGAAUCAUAUCAAAAGUUAUCCAGAUUAAUCCACAUCAAGGAUAUUUUUGGUAUAAUUUUAAUAGUUGUGCAAUUAUGUGCUUAUUUCCUUAAAGCAGACAUGGAUGAAAUAAACUAUGCAACUGCCAUGCCUAUGAUGUUCUCAACCGGUUUCUUCUUCACCGUGUAUUUGACUUUGCAAGAGUUUCACAUAAAUAUGUUGUAUGUAAAUUCUGUAUGCGUACUAAAGGCCUGUUUCAAGAGAAUUAAUGAGAAUGUGGCAUAUAUGCAAGAGCUCAUAGUUAAUGACACAAAGCCAAGUGUCUCUAAAUGGACUUGUUACUUUCCGAGAAAUCAAUUUUUAUUAAUAAACCUCAAGAGCCUGAAGAAGCAACAUCUGAUGGUUAGCGAUGCAGUAAAAAUGCUGAACAUAAUCUUCAGUCUGCAACUUCUUGCUACUAUAAUCAUGUGUUUUUGUAAUAUCACUUUUGAAUUGUAUUUCUAUGCAGUGCGUUGGCAAAACGGACUAUUCAUUAGAUUGAGUUGGGAUUUUCUUGAUAUGUUUUUUAUAACACUAAUGUUUCACAUCACAAAAAUAAUACUACUUGUAUGGGUCUGUGAGACUGGAAAGAAUCAAGCUAAAGAAAUCGGCACUACCAUUCACGAUGUACUUAAUAAGACCAGUGAUGGCCAGCUCAAAGACGAGUUACAGCUGUUUUCUUUACAAAUAUUGCAUCGGGAUAAUACAUUUUCGGCGAAAGGUCUCACUGUAGAUGCCACGCUCCUCGCAACAAUGGUUGGCAAUAUCACGACGUAUAUGUUAAUUUUAAUACAAUUUUUGGUCAUGUUACACUCCUGCGAUAAAAAACCUGGAACCAAUAUUAUAAAUAAUUCUGUUAUAUAAAAGCAGAUACCUAAUCGAACAAAAGAUGAUGACUGUUUUAUAGUUAUGUAGAAUUGUUCAUAUACACACUAUAUAUCUACACACAUAUAGAAAUAAAACUUUGAACUGCACGUAACAAUUCUUUAGAAUUACUGUUUCCUUACAAGCAAAUAUUACAUAGUUUAUGGUAUAAUAUCUUAUUUAUUUUUUUAUGUACAUACAUUCAUACAAAUUUAUUGGGUCUUAUAUUACAACAAUUUUACAUAACUUUUUAAUUAUUGUAAUUUAUCCCAAGAGAGAAGAUGAUGUAAAAGUCGAUCGAAAAAUGCCAUGGUUACUUGACAACUAACAAACGGCUUCUUCAACUUUAUCUC